UGUGUAGUGAAGGGUGAACAAGUACGAUUUUUGAUUUUAAAAUGACGACUCCAUUACGCACAGGUAAAAUAAGCGAGCAGCAGAAAGCGGCUCUUAUCGAUUAUAUAACACAAAAUGAACAAUUGAAGAGUGGCAAAUUCACUCAAGAUUUCACCUAUAAAAAAGCCCAAAAUUGCUGGAAGGAACUGGCGAUAAUACUGAAUGCAAUUCCUGGUGGUGCUGAAAAAGAUUGGCGCCAAUGGAGGAAGACAUGGCAUGAUUUGCGCACGAAAACAAAAUCGAAAAGUGCUGCUAUAAAGGCUCACAGAGAGGGCACAGGAGGCGGUGAAGCUUUCAAUGAAUGUCUUACUGCAACAGAGGAGAAAAUUGUGGAAUUGAUGUGCCCCACUUCCAUUGCGGGCCAUCAGGAUACGUUAGAGUCGGAGGUGGUAAAUAUUUCAGUCGACCCUGGUGUGCCCACAAUUUCAUCUGGGGAUUGCGGCAUCAAUAGUGAAACAACCAUUAGUGUGGAGACGGAAGAUAAUAGCAGUUUUGACUCAGGUAUUCAUACUUUCGAAACAAUAGUGCUGAUUAUAUAAUAAAAUUGAUCAAUUAUUAUUUCAUUUAUUUUCAUAUUUUUCAGUUACCAGAAAAACCAGGAGGGAGAGAAAAAAUUUGAGAGCUAGUGUGGAGGCCACCAAAAACCUAAUACAGAUUGGCCAAGACCAAGCCAACAUGCAGCAGUGGUUCUAUGAGAAAACUGUUGAAAUCAUGGAACGGCAGACUAGUAUAAUGGAACGACAGACAACUGCCAUUGAACAGAUGUCAGCAGACAUGGCAAAAAUGGG